CAACUAUAAAGAACAAACCUUUGUUUACAUCACACCGUGUUUGAUUCGUUACGUCUCGACAUGUGCAGAUAUUAAAAAUUUAAUUUCGAAAUAAUUUGACGAAAUAAUUUCGAAAAAAUUGUGACUGUUGUUUAGCUAGAAUAUAGCGUAACUAAUUUCAUAAGAUCAGUCAAAAUACAAAUCUGCAGAAAUGAAUACAGAAAGAAUAACCUUGUCAAAGAAUAUAUUGCAAAUGAAGUUUAUGAAGCGAACAAAGGAAAAAGUCGAGAAACAACAGUUUCAAGAAGAAGGAGAAUUAUAUUUUGGAAGCAGAGUUAUGACACGUAUGAAGAAACAAUCGGAGAGAUUCAUCGUGGAACCGAGUUAUGCUUUUUGCGAGGGACUCGUCAGUGGUAGGAUGAGCUUUCAAGGAAUGAAUCCAGUGAUUGAGAAGUACAUGGAGUCAAUACAGCAAAAGGAGAAAUUACAGGAAGAAGAAAGCCAACCAACAGACGUAUCAGACGAACAAAUGGCUGUUCAGUGGCAGAGAAUAAAAGGAAAGUUCAACGCUAUGCCCAAGCGUAAAAAUUUAUAUUACAAUGAAGAUGAAAAAAACGGGCCAGUAGCGAAGAAGACAAAAUUUUUAAAACCGGUAGAUUGAUAAAUUGUAAAUAAUACUAUAAUACUAUACUACUACAUAGUAGUUAGUAGUUAGUUGCUAAUGUAUAUAUAGUUUAACACUCUGGGGAGACCAAAGACACGAAUUCUCUGUAUAACCGGAUGCUUGCAGGCUUGUCAGUCUUCAAAGUGUUAAACAUACUCGAUGAAUAUUGAUGUAUUUGACAUAAUAAUAAGUUAACUAAGAUAAUACGAUUAUGAUGUAACUGUUCGAAGAAGGUCGGAUAAUUAUUAUCUGAAAUAUUGUUUAUUUAUCACAUCUGAAAUACACGUUUUGUAUAUAUUUCACUCCGACCACUAAUGUCUCUCGAAGGAGAAACUUGCGAAUAAAAUUGCCCGUGUUUUCUA